GCACGGUCUUCUUGGGAGGUGGGUGGAGAGCCCCCCUCUGCAGAGGGGGAGACUGAGGUCCUGGCUCCACCAGGGUCCCCACCCCCCACCAGGAUGGGCAGCCCCUGGCCGGGGAUCUGCCCGCCCUCAUGGCCCAUGCCCUGGUCCCCAGUGCUCCACCACCUGCGGCCUGGGUGCCGUGUGGAGGCCCGUGCGCUGCAGUUCGGGCCGGGAGGACGACUGUGCCCCCGAGGGCCGGCCCCAGCCCGCCCGCCACUGCCACCUGAGGCCAUGUGCAGCCUGGCACGCGGGCAACUGGAGUAAGUGCUCCCGCAGCUGUGGCGGAGGGUCCUCGACGCGGGACGUGCAGUGCGUGGACACGCAGGACCUCCGGCCUCUGCGGCCCUUCCACUGCCAGCCGGGGCCGGCCAUGCCACCGGCCCGCCGUCCCUGCGGCGCCCAGCCCUGCCUCAGCUGGUACGUCUCUUCCUGGAGAGAGUGCUCAGAGGCUUGUGGCGGUGGCGAGCAGCGGCGUCUGGUGACCUGUCCGGAGCCGGGCCUCUGCGAGGAGGCCCUGAGACCCAACAGCACGCGGUCCUGCAACACCCAGCCCUGUACCAAGUGGGUGGUGGGGCCCUGGGGCCAGGUGAGCCGCACGCGGAGGAGGGGCGGGACAGGUGCCCGGCAGCCACCGCUCGGUCCUCCGCCCCAGGCGUUCCUUCUGGUCACCGCAGAUGUGGGCGGUGGCCACACAAGGUCCCCGCCCUGCUGUUGGGGAGAGAGAAAGAGGACCGGGCGGGUUCUCUGGCGCGGAGGACUCGGGGGGGGGGGGGGUGAGGCCCCUGGGGGUGAGGCCCGAGGGGA